ACCGGGUUUGGAGCUCGAUGGGAGUUUCUUGAGAGUGACUCGUUUGGAUCGCUUUGACUUGAGCUUCUUUGAGAGGCUCUUGAUUCCCUUGGGCUUUCGGCCCUUGACCGGAGUCUGGUCGCUUGAACUUGCCGCGUUCAUUUUGGAUCUACAAAUAUAGCGUGAUACGGUAUUGCCUGGAAAAAAUGGCAGAUUCAACCCUGAUCAACGCAUUUCUGUCGCCCCAGAACCGGGAUUACGUCUACACCGAGAUCCGCCGGUGUGUUGCUGUCGUUACCGGAUUUGACAUUGGAUCGUCCUUCCAGGAGUUUGUUCACUGCGAGAUUGCUGGAUAUCUCGCUCAUCACGGCAUUCCCCAGAGCAAGAUGGACAUCAUCCGAUACGACGAAAGCUUGAUCCGCAAGCUAUCCGAGGUGAUCGCCAGCACCGGAACAUCCGAAGUAGGCACACUGCGAUCGCGAAUACCAGAGCCAGAACCAGAGCAUGUAGCCGUGCCAGAGCAUGUGCCAGUGCAUGUGCCAGUGCCAGAGCCGGUACUCGCGCCUGCACCAGAGCCCACCAUACCAGUGAUCAUGUCAGAGAAUGGUGUAUUCGAAGUUUCUGCAUUAAACAACAUAUUUCCAAUCGUUGACGAAACAGGAAGGCGGUAUGAUAUCAUCAUCCCAACUGGCCAAUACACACACGAGACCGUCACCACCGCUCUGAUCAAAGCAUUUGAAGAACAAGCCUCAGAGUUCUCGAUACACCCGACCACCGACCCGCGAGGAUUCGCAAUAGAAAACAAGACAGUCACGUUCAAGUGUCUUGUGGAAGGUCAGCUCGCAUCGUUCCUCAGAACGUUUUGUGGCCUUGAGAAGAAUUCUAAGCGAGCCCAAAGCUGCGAGUUCGUCUGGCCAACCACAUCGUGAUGCGUGGUCACUGACUUGGGAUGAAUUCCCAUCCGAGCUCCUCGCAUAUCGCUCUCCACAUGCAGUCUUGCGAUCGGAGUUUCUCGGCGCUUUUGAGCAGAGGAAAAUGUUUCGCCGUUUCAGGCAUGCCGAGCAGCUCGCAAAAUUUGUGCAAGACAUAGCUGUACGAGAGGAAGUUGCGGCGGAUCGCGGGUUUGGUUUUCU